GUCGAUUCCAAAGUUCUGAUGCUCUGCUGGUGCUGGACUGAAGCCCCGAGUGGCUAUCUCGCGAGAUCUUGCUCCGUCACGCCGUGGUAAUGAGAUCUCCUCCAUCAGUGUGCUUGGCUGCCGUGUUGGCGGCGCUGCUGCGGCCUACAGGCGGUGCUGCCGUCACAGAGGUGAGGGCAACGCGACACAGACACACACACGCAUGUGGGAUGAAUCAGACCGGCGCACGACUGACACGGCCGUCCGGAGUGGUUGCCUUUGUGUGUGUCUGCAGGUGUAUUUGGCCACUGCAGAGGGCCUGGGGUCAGGCGAAACGCGCACCUACCAGGUGAACCAGUGAAAUGCACGACAGAAGCGCACACACACCGCUACACAGAUGGUGCACCUGUGUGCGCCUGUGUGUGGUGUCAGUUGGCUGUGGGUGAGGGCGGUCAGCUGCCCUUCGGUGACGGUUAUCUCGAUUUGCGUGUGGAGAUCGCCGUCACAAAGUCGAGAGACUGCGAAAGGGUACGCACACACACACGAGAGGCAAGUCGACUUGUGUGUGUGUGUGUGUGUGUGUGUGUGUUCAUUGGCUAGGGCGUGUGUGUGUGCGCAGGGCAACCCUCCUGUGUGCAGCAGAGCUCUGCUGGCACACGGCAGCUUAGUCCCGGCACCCGCCAAGCCCCACAAUGACACCACAUUCGACACCAAGAGUGAGUUUGUGAAGAAUAUACCCCUCCUGCACUGCACACGCUCACACGCCUGUCCUGCGUGUGGGUCCCAUUCGUCUGUAUGUCUGUCUGUCUGUCUGUCUGUUUGUGCGUCACAAACAGGUCUGACGCGCCACGCUGUGUAUCAGGACGACAGGUCGCUGGUCAUCACUUGGAGCGCUUGCUCGUGGGCUCGCAUGCAGGUCAGGCACAUCAAUCACAGCUGGGCGAGUGGAGACCGAUCACUCCCGCGCACUUGACGCUUGUGUGUACUCCGCUGCACACAGGCGGGUCGUGUGGCGUUGCGAGUGGUGGUUGGCGCGUGGGGCGGCGAGCAUGUCAUCAACAUCCGAGCCAUGCUGGCUGGUAUACAGAAAUCGAUCCACAGGUGUGUCCAUUCCAUCCGCUCGAUUCUCUCUCUUUGUGCUGUGCGUUUGUGUAGACAACCGUCCCUACUCGCUGCUGUGUCCCGGGCCGCUGCCGCUGGUGCGUCACUCGCACACCCUUGACGCCGUCGGCCCUCAAGUUAUCGUCUUUGGCGGCAAGGAUGACACAGGUGGGUGUGGUGUGGUGUGUCGUCUUGUGGUGAUGAGCAAUCGGAUGCGUGUGACGAUCGAAAUGUGUGCGCAGGGGAGGCGACCAACGAUCUGUGGCGGCUCAACUACACACUGAUUGGUGUACGCACGUCAGGCACACACAGGCAGCGGUGGAUUGGAUAGGUGGGUGGGCAUACCGUUGGUGUGUGCAUUUCUUCACACCCAGGAUGGUGCCCUGGCCCAUGUGGAUCCGCUCAGCAUGGUUUGGGAGAGCCUCGACGACGUGUACGGCAUCUUCCUGAGACCACCGUCACGGUGAGGGAGGGAGGGAGGACCGCAUUGCAGCUCAGCAAUUGGGUGCAUGAGAUGGAUGGAUGGAUGCAGGCAUGGUCAUGUUUCUGUGGUGUCUGAGCGUGGCGUGCUGCUCAUAUACGGCGGCAAAGCUGGUGCAUACCCAUAACAUACAUUUGCCCGCCUCUUUGUACUGUGUGCUGUGCUGUGUGUGUGCAGGUGACGUGGUGCUGGAUGACAUGUGGGCCAUCCAGCUGCUGACGCCACAAGAGGGGGGCAACGGAGCAAGUCAGUCAGUGACCUAACCACAAUGCAAUCAACGGAUGCAGACUUAUCCACACGUGCGUGUGUGUGUAUUCUGUGUGUGUAGCUCCCUUCAAGUGGUUCCCAUUGCCGCCUCUGACAUCCGCCCGCCCGCCACCGCUCGUCCACACCGCAGCCACAACCAUCGGUACUCAUUCAUUCACACGCGCAAACAGAAGGUACCAUGAUGGACCGAAAUGCAGGCCCCCGUCUGUAUGUCUUCGGCGGCGAGGCCACCCAGCGCAACCUGACCAACCACCUGUGGACGGCUGACCUCAGUAAGGACGCACAAUUGAUACGCAACAUCAGAGAGAGAGAGAGAGAGAGUGAGUGCCUUCUCAGUGUGCCUGGCUGUCUGUCUUGAUGCACUCACUGCACAGGUACGGUCUUCGACGGCUGGUCUGCUGCUGGUCCGAAAGGCGUCGAGUGGGAGCUGGUGGCGGUGGAUGAAAGGCGCCCCACACCUGUGGCCAGAAUGGGUACGCACACGUGCGUACAGUACAUCCAUGCCACGUGGAGUGGACACACUGCGCUGUGCUGUGCUGUGCUGUGCUGUGCGUGUCUCUCUGUGUGUGGAUACAUACAUAAUGUGAUUGAUAUUGGCGUGCAGGUCACAGCAUGGUGCCCGCCCUUUCCCCGCCACAGAUCCUUUCCGCAAUCAAGAAGCGCAUCAACGACACACAGAGCCCUGCACACCAGGGGGAGGAUCUGCUGCAGCAGAGUGAGUGAGAGACGGCGAAUUCUCAUACCCAUCCCAUCCCAUCGCAUCGCGUCGAUACGUAUGUGCACAUUCCGUCUGCUGCACUCACUUGUCGCUCGCAGAGGGUCUGUUAGUGUUUGGCGGCCGCACGGCCAACACGAUGGCUACGAAUGACCUCUGGUUCCUCAUGCACAACGACACAGGUACACACACCUGACUCUCUCAUUUAUGAAAUAAAUAUGUCAGACUAGACGUCUGUCUUUGUUUCCUGUGCAGGACCCUCUGUGUGGUUCCAAGUAAAAGAGCCGAUACCACCGAAUGCACGUGUACGUCACGUGCCCACAGGCAGAUAGCUUAGACGUACACGAGAAGAAAUCACCCGCACAGAUGGAUGGAUGGAUGGGUGGAUGCAGGUCUCAAGCCCACCUUCAUUGGCGUUCCACUCAUCCGUGGCUCUCAACGAGCGGUCAUUCACACUCAUCGGCGGCAUGCGGGGAGACAACGGCAGACAUGGCGGCCGGAACCAUGACGCAGGGACGGUCAGGUACGGCCGUGCAGUGCACUGCACCUUGACGUCGGUGUGUGGCGUACAGUACAGAGUAUUCUGUGUGUAUGCACAGAGCAGCUCGCAGAUGUGGGCCUACGUCAACGGCACCUUCACGCUCACACACACAUCAGCGCUGCCACCAGGUAGGUACCCGCGUCUAUCAGACACUUCUCCGUACGUGUCCAUGGGCUUGCAAGGGUGUGUGUUGUGUGUGUGCCACUCAGUGAUUGCCCCCGACCAGUAUCGCGUCAAGGCGGCAGCCGCGUACGUGCCGCCUAUCGGAAAGGUGACCACCCCGACCACCACCACACACCACACUUGCCGUGCCAUACCGCCUCUGUGUGUGUGUGUGUGUGUCCAGGUGCUCAUUCAUGGCGGUGGGUGGACUGUUCCCUCAUCAGAGCACUCGUCAUUGUUGCGGCAGCUGCGUGGUGCUGACACCAGCCCAGGAAUGGCCGACAUGAGAGGUACCGAUGCGCACAAGAUAGAGUGUAUCGUCCGUCCAUCGUACCUCCCUCUUAUACGUCCGUCUCUGUGUGUGUGCAGCGACCGUCGACCACAAGCAUCCGCCUACGAUGCACUCGUCUGUGCUGGUGGUGUACCAAGACGCAUGCACACCUGCGAACGAUCAGGACUGCACUGUCUGCGGCACAGGUACACACACACACACACACACACGUACCGUACAGCACGUCAACGCAACGCAUGGAACACUCAUCUGUCUACUGGCCUGGCGUCUUGUGUGUGUGUCGAGCAGGGUCGCGAGCCGUCCCAUACCCAGUCUCAGAUGCCAACGACACCUCAUUCGCUGAGCACUUCCCCUGGGUUGGCAAUACGUCCGAUGCAAGUGCGUGUGUGCCGUGCCCACCCGGCCACUACCACAAUCACAACCACAGCGACAUCAACAAUGACGAUGGCGAUGGCGAGGUGGAGUGCGUCCCGUGUCCAGCGGGAUUCUAUCAGCCUUUCAGAGGGUACACGAACUACACACUUGUGUGCACGACGUAAAGGUGUGUCCCCGCACCAAUGUGUGAAUGCCCUGUGUGUGUGUGGGGGGCGUGUGCAGGCAAUGGUCUUCGUCGUCCUGUCUGCCGUGCCCCCGGGGCACCCACGCCAAGGAAGCAGGCACGGCAACCUGCAAGGUGUGAGGGAUACAAAGAUACAUGCAUGUGUGGAAAGUUCUGUGCAUAGGAUAGGCUGUGUGUGGGUGGAUGGGCGCAGGCGUGUGGCGGCAACAUUUGGUGUCCAUUGGGCAGCAGUGAGCCGCUGGAGAAAAUCGGUACACAUGCAUUGCAGUGAAUGGACACCACACAUGACACCACAUCUGGCCUGGCUGGGUGAGUCCCAUCCGUCUGUGGUGUGUGUGUGUCGAUCGGGUCCUGACGUGACGUGUCGUCAGAUCCCGCCAACAGCAUCGUGUACCAGCACGACGAACCGCACGCGGCAUCACUGCACGAGGUACGAUACGAUAGAUGAGAUGACACACUGGCACACACAGACGGGCAUGGUAUAAUGCAAUUCAUGUGUGUUUGCUGUGUGUGUGUGGUCGGUUGGGUUGUUGAUUCAGUCGCAUUUGCUGUGGCAAGUGUCGACCUUCUCAGUGGGGCUAAUCGUCCUGGCCGCCUCACUGUGCGUACUCAACCUCCUACACGUCAAGGCACCCAAACGGGUCUGUCAGUGAGUAUGGUUGCUUCACUUCACCAGACACACAGGUCUGUAUGUCUGUAUUGGAUGUCAUCGUGCAGGUGAAUUCGUGGAUGCGUCAGAUCGACUCCCGGGCCAUCACCGGGGUGAUAUUUCCCUCAGAGGCUGGGGGCGUGUGCACCCUCGUCUACACGGUCCUGGCCGUCUGCAUCAUACUGCUGGUCUUCAUGCAACAGGUUGGGGCCGUGCCAACCGUAUACAUACACCACACACACGCAUGACAGACAUGCUCGUGAUGUGACGUCUGUGUGUGUCUCUGUGGUUGGUUGGCGUCACACCAGCUGUUCUUCAACUACUCGUUGGCGGCUCUGACCGCGCCAUCCAGUGGCAUAUACAGGAACGCGCUGCGCUCUCCACCUGCACAACAGACAACACAACACAUACACCCUGGCGCAUUGGUCCUUGGCUGUCUGCCUGGCCUGUCUGUGUGUGUGCAGGUCGACGGACUUCGACUCGGACUUCCACGUCCGGGCCGUCUUUGUCGGUGAGUUAACGAGACACACACUAGUGGCAUGCGUGUGUCAGCCGUGUGUAUGACUAAACCAUGUAGGUUAUCCCGGCCCGUGUGAGGCGUCCAACACCACUCGCGUGACGCAGUUGACAGACCAGGGGGGCGGCGGACACGCUCACCAACACCCGGAGGACCACAGGGCGAGAAUAGGUCGGCGUGCAUCCCUCCACUGCACGGAUUCAUCACUCAUCCCGCCUGUGUGUGUGUGUGUGAGUGUGCCCAGUGCCAAUCCACUCUUAUCUGACCUACAGAGCCCAUGACGCCUCGUUCCGACUCAACCACCUGCAAACGGUACGGUGCACACGGAUACGACACGUCUGUCUGUCUGUCACUCCGUCCAUGUAUAAAUGAAUGCACACCUGUGCUGUGCUGUGAUGUGUGUGUCCACACAGCAGCGGAAGUGGUCCAUUCUGCCGGCGGUCCUUCCCUUUAUCGUGUCCGUCGACACCAGGAGGCAGCAGAGAGACGAUAACCAGGUACGGGACGCAGCCCAGCCACACCACACACACAUAUGCAUUGAUGUGUGUGUAUUGUCUGUGCACACACACACAUCGCAUACAGGUUGUUGGUGAGGGCGAGGCGAUUGACGUGACGUCUGAGGAUGAGAAGAGGCCGCCCAAGAUGGAGUGGCGGUGCGGCCAGGAAGCCAGAAUCACUGCCCUGUACGGCUACACAGACGUCUUGUCUUGGGCAGUGCGGUGCACGUCCCUAAAGUGCCUGCCUGCCUGCAUACCUGCAUACCUGCGUUAUGUCAUUUAUGUCUGCAGUGGUUUGGUCCCCAAGAACAUCAGCACGGCUUCAUCCGUCUCGUGCGCACAGAUCGGGCCGCAACAAGUGAGCCAAGCCUCACACCACCCACACGCGACCCGCCACACACACGUCCCUGGAUGUGAUGUGUUGUUCUUGGCUCAUGCAGUGUGUGGUUGAGUGGUCUUGUCGUGACUGCGGUGUGUUCGACCAGCGGCUGCACCUCAACAUAGCCCUCAGCCACCACACAUUCGCCGCCGCACAGGCCAUACAGGUUAGCUCACUUACACAGACAUCCAGGGCACACACGCAUUCGCAACGGACAGGUGCCUGUAUGGAUGUGUGUGUGUGUGUGUGUGUGGAUGUGCUCAUACUGUCAUAGUGGGAGGUGAUGACUGUGUGGCGGGAGUCUGGCAGCAGCACCGCCACCACCAGCACGCCCGUGGAGGCCUUCUCCACACUCAACUCCACUUUCGUCGGCAGCGACCCCAACAAUGUCAGUCGACAAGCCUUUGUUUAUCUGGUCAUCGAGGUGCUCAUGUGUGGAGGUACGUGUCAUUUGUUCAUUGGUUCAGGUGCUGCGUGGCGAGGACCCGACUGUGCUGCGGCUGACGCUUGUGCCGACUGACUACGAAAACCAGGUAAGUACCUCUGCGUCACACGCACAUAGGCAGGCCACUCACUCAGUGGUGUGUAUGUGUUGUGUGGGCGUGGUGUUGGUGUCUGUCAUCCACGAUGGAUGACACACGCCACACGACCAUUCUUUGCAGCGUCUUGGGGUCCACGAGAACGGCUUCCUUCUGCAGUACAUCGCCUCAAGGGAAGGCUCAGCGACAGGUAGGUGUGUAGGCUGCUGAAAUCACACACACAUGGGUGUGUAUGCGAGUGUUGGUGUCUGUGUGUGUGGUUUGAUCACAUCAUGAUCAGAUGGGGUGCACUUCCACUCGUCAGGCGACGGCCCGUCGACGGUGCAGUUCCGCAUUGAGCUGACGGUGUCGCCCUUUCUCUACCGCCUGCUGCUCACACAGACCAAGACAUUCUUCGACUACCUUGCACAAGUACCUAACCCUUGCACGCACACACAAACCGAGCAAACACACACACAUACACACACGACCUGGCUGUGGUGUGCAUCCUUCCUAUCCUAUCCUGUGCUGUGCUGUGCAGGUAUUGGGUCUGCUGUCUGGCAUGUCGCUCCUGGUGCGCGUGUUGGUGUCCUUCUGGCUGUCGAUCCCACGAGAGAGGAGGAAGACAAUGACCAAAUACUGGGGAGAGGUACCACACCGUACCGCACCCGAACACACACACGCAGAGAGCUGGUCUGGUCCAUGACGUACACGACGUGUGUGUCACUUGUUUGUGCGUCCGGCCCGUCCCCACAGAGCAACUCGCUGAUGCUGUGGCUGGUCCGGCGGCUGUGCGCGUGUGUGGACGACGUUGACCGGACCGACCCCAGCGCAGAGACCCCCUCGCACCUCUACCAGCUUUGCCCCUCGCCCUCAUCUCCACCGCCACCCCUGCCAGCCCCUCCCGCCAUCAUCACCAUGGCGAGGUCACACAGCGACCCAGCCAUGGAGACCCCACGAGCCACAGCCGCCCCAACCAAUGGGGUCACGCACAGGCAGACCACAGGACGAGAGCAAGAGCCGCUGAUCGAGCAUAGAGCGGGACCACAGUCGAAAGCAGCGAUGGCUGGUGGGAGUGCGGGUGGGUGGCUGAGUGUCUUUUCCUUUGGCCGCCAGGGCCAGCAGGGAGAGGGAGGGGGGAGUUGGCAGCGUGUGACGCAGAGAGAGGCGGCAGAAGAGGAUGCGGCGGUGCGGUGUGCAGAGGGAGAAGGGACGGCUGCCUGAAUGAGUGGACGCGUAGCCGACUUGUGAUACGGAUCGUGUGUGGGGCUAUUCUCGGGAAUGCGAGAGAAGCUCUGUUCGUGUGCACAUUGCCACACCGGUGCCAUAUGGUGCGCCACACACAUUCAUCGAUGCAGUGAGCCGUGCUGUGCCACUCGAGCGUCGCACUGAGUGGCUCUGCUUCCCCGGGUCGGAAAGAGCGCACGCAACAGGUUCACAGCUGGUGGCCAGGUUGGAUCUGCAAAGCUUGAAAUCAAUCUCG